AAAAGAGAAUGUACAUUAGCGCGUGUGGAUUUCUUUACUCUGUCCAUUCGUUUCAAGUGGGCUGCCCCCCCUUGUUUACUCUGACGACUCCUCGCCCACUACUACUGUGUGUGUUUGUGCGUGUAUACAUAUAUAUACGUAUAGAUACAAGUUCAUAUACGACUGUUGGCGGAACUCGCAGUAUUGCUGAGAGAGGGUGAGAGGAUCUCUAAUGGAGAAGUUCAUGAUUCCGCCGGAGUUCGAUUUGCCGCAGAAGGGGCGGUCGGAGGAGGCGGUGAAACGAUGGCGCGCAGCCGUCGGAAAAUUGGUGAAGAACCGCCGCAGAAGGUUUCGUUACGCCGCCGACCUCGAGAAGCGCUCGGAAGCGAAGGAACAGAUGAAGCGACUCAGAGAAAAUAUACGUGUUUGUUUUGUGACUUUCAAAGCAGCUCUCAGGUUUAUGGAAGUGGCUGGACAAGGCAAAUUCAUUCCCUCAGAAGGCUCAAGUGUACCCGUUGAACAAGAAGUGGAACCGGACUACCAGAACGGGCUACCCGAAGAAGCUAAACGGGCAGGGUUUCAAGUCCACCCGGACAAACUGGCAUCCAUUGUUUCUUCUUACGAUAUCAAGACAUUAAGAAAACUCAAAGGAGUCGAAGGACUUUCAGACAGAUUGAAUGUUUCACUAGUUAAAGGAGUGAACACAAACGAUGUUCCCACAAGGCAAAAUAUAUUCGGCCAAAAUUCCUACACUGAGAAGCCUUCUAAAAGCUUUUGGAUGUUCGUGUGGGAAGCUUUGCAUGAUUUAACACUUAUUAUCCUUAUAGUUUGCGCUGUGGUGUCUAUUGCGGUUGGAUUAGCCACCGAAGGUUGGCCGAGAGGAAUGUAUGACGGGGUAGGAAUUAUUUUCAGUAUAUUCCUUGUGGUUAUGGUAACUGCAGUUAGUGACUACAAGCAGUCGUUGCAGUUCAAAGAGUUGGACAAAGAGAAGAAGAAGAUUUUCGUGCAAGUCAUUAGAGAUGGAUUUCGACAGAAGAUAUCCAUAUUCGAUUUGGUUGUUGGAGAUAUUGUCCAUCUUUCGAUCGGAGAUCAAGUUCCGGCAGAUGGGAUAUUUGUAUCGGGGUACAGUUUGUUGAUUGACCAGUCAAGUUUGACUGGUGAAAGUGUACCGAUUAACAUACAGGAAAAAAGACCGUUUCUUUUAGCGGGUACAAAAGUUCAAGAUGGGUCAGGUAAGAUGCUUGUGACUACUGUUGGUAUGAGAACAGAGUGGGGAAAGUUGAUGGAAACUCUGAGUGAAGGUGGAGAAGAUGAGACUCCAUUGCAGGUGAAGCUAAACGGGGUUGCUACAAUUAUUGGUAAAAUCGGACUGGUGUUUGCUGUGGCGACUUUCUCGGUCUUGACUGUAAGAUUCUUGAUCGAAAAAGGGCUUCGAAAUGAAAUUACCAUUUGGUCCUCGGCCGAUGCGUUGACUCUUUUGAACUACUUUGCAACUGCGGUGACUAUAAUUGUCGUUGCAGUUCCGGAAGGUUUGCCGUUGGCUGUUACACUAAGUCUUGCAUUUGCCAUGAAGAAACUUAUGAAUGAUAAAGCACUUGUGAGACACUUAUCUGCUUGUGAGACUAUGGGUUCUGCUACUACAAUUUGCACAGAUAAAACAGGUACGUUGACCACAAACCAUAUGGUAGUGAGUAAAACGUGGAUUUGCGGAACGGUAAAAGAGGUAGAUUCUAACGAAAGCAGCAAAUUGUCGUUAGCUUCCAAUAUAUCGGAAAAAGUAUUAGCCGUUCUCUUGCAAUCGAUAUUCAACAACACGGGUUCGGAGGUGGUCACUGAUAAAGACGGAAAGACAUCCAUUUUAGGCACGCCUACAGAAUCGGCCAUACUCGAAUACGGUUUGCGCCUGGGUGGCAACUUUGAUGAAGAAAGACGAGCGUGCGAGUUCUUGAAAGUUGAGCCGUUCAAUUCCGAAAAGAAAAGGAUGUCUGUAAUUGUGGCUCUUCCGGAUGGCAGUAAACGAGGUUUCUGCAAAGGUGCGUCCGAGAUUAUACUAAAAAUGUGCGAUACGGUUAUUAGUUCAGAGGGGGAAACUGUUUAUUUGUCUGAAGAACGAGCAAGUGAUUUAUUGGAUGUCAUCAAUGGUUUUGCAUGUGAAGCUCUGCGUACGCUCUGCUUAGCUUUCAAGGACUUUGAUAAUGAUGGUUCGAACGAGAUUAGUGUACCCGAGAGUGGAUAUACACUGAUUGCAAUAGUGGGAAUAAAAGACCCCGUUCGCCCUGGAGUGAAGGAAGCAGUGAAAAGCUGUUUAGCCGCUGGAAUUACCGUGCGUAUGAUUACCGGCGAUAAUAUAAAUACAGCUAAAGCUAUUGCUAGAGAAUGUGGCAUACUUACGGAUGAUGAUCUUGCUAUAGAAGGUCCGGAAUUUCGUACGAAGACUCCUUAUGAGAUGAGCCAAAUAAUACCAAAGCUUAAGGUUAUGGCGCGGUCUUCGCCUACAGACAAGCAUGUUCUGGUGAAGAUUUCGAGGAGCAUUCUUAGAGAGGUGGUUGCUGUAACUGGUGAUGGUACGAACGAUGCUCCUGCUUUGCAUGAGGCCGAUAUUGGAUUUGCCAUGGGCAUUGCAGGAACAGAGGUUGCAAAAGAAAGUGCUGAUGUGAUUGUGCUGGACGACAAUUUUGCAACUAUUGUGAACGUGGCGAAAUGGGGUCGUUCCGUUUAUAUCAACAUUCAGAAAUUCGUUCAGUUCCAGUUGACUGUUAAUAUUGUUGCCCUCAUGAUCAACUUUAUAGCUGCUUGUAUCACAGGAUCAGCGCCACUUACAGCGGUGCAGUUGCUCUGGGUAAACCUGAUAAUGGACACAUUAGGUGCACUUGCACUCGCCACCGAGCCCCCACACGACAGGCUGAUGGAGAGGCCACCUGUCGGGAGAACCGAAAGUUUCAUUACAAGGACCAUGUGGCGGAACAUCGUUGGUCAGAGCAUUUACCAGCUGUCUCUUCUUCUCGUCCUCACUUUCGAGGGGAAGCAAUUACUGGGGCUCACAGGAUCUGAUGCCACUGCAGUACUCAACACUUUCAUAUUCAACGCCUUCGUCUUUUGCCAGGUAUUCAACGAAAUAAACAGCAGGGAUAUUGAGAAGAUAAAUAUAUUCCGAGGGAUGUUUUCGAAUUGGAUAUUCUCGGGAAUCAUGUUUGCCACGGUGGCGUUCCAGAUUGUGAUAGUCGAGUUUUUGGGCACUUUUGCCAGCACAGUUCCGCUGAGCUGGCAGCUGUGGGCACUAAGUGUUGCGAUAGGUGCAGUGGGAAUGCCGAUUGCGGUUGUACUGAAGUGCAUUCCUGUUGGAAAAUCGAAGCAUAACGUUGAUUCCGAGAAACAGCAUGAUGGUUAUGAGCCUCUUCCAAGUGGUCCAGACCUAGCAUAAAUGGAAUAUUUUAUCAAAGAUUCACAUAUUUGGGUAUUUAUUCUUGAGUUACAUUUUUUGGAAUAUUCCUCUUUUUUUUUUUUUUGGUUGGUUUUAUGUUUCUUGAUCUUUUUUAAUAAGUUAAGAACAAAUUGGAUUUUUUUUUGAAAAUACAAAUAAUUGGUCUUUUUCAUUUUUCUGGAAUGUUUACAUCUGUAAUUAAAUCUUUGUAAAUGCAAAUUAAAAUAUAAUAAUGUUUCAAAUGUAUUUUACGGAGCUUUUUAG